GUUUUUCUGCUAGCUGUCUACACACUGAACAACAGUCCAUUCUGUCUCUGUAAGGAGACUGCUGUUGAUUUUACCAGUUGUUUAAAUUGGUUAACCUUUCACAAGUUUUCAUAGACACAGAUGUAAUAAGGUCAUUAAAUUAUACAACCACCUUUCUGAUUAGAAGCGGAAGACUACAACAGCCAUGUUGGCAGAAGCUGGAUGUGUGUUUAUGGGUUUGAUCCUGUACAUCUCAGGGGUUCAUGGACGAGCAAACAGCAUCUGUGCUUUAAAAGGUUCAUCAGUGGAUCUGCCCUGCUCAGCUCAACGUCCCACUACAACCAUGAAGUGGUACAUUGUAGACUGGGAUAGAUCUAAACCUGUUCAGAAGGAGCUCUCUACAGAUGAAAAUCGUGUGACGUACAACAUGUCUGCAGAGAGUAACUUCACUCUAACAAUCAAAGAUCUGAGACAGAGCGAUGCAAAUGAUUACUGCUGCAGAGAGACUACUGACAACCCAGAACCCUGCCGGCACAACAAAACUGAGCUCCAUGUUGCAGACCUGCAGGUAAAGGUGAUUCCUGCCACAGAGGGACAGACAGUGACACUGAUGUGUAGCACCAGCUGUCCUCUGACUGAAAACCCUGCAGUCUACAUCUGGUACAAGAACAGAGAGUUCCUCUAUCAGGACUGGUCUCCCUGGUACCAACAGCUGGUCAGCAGUGAGAAAGCAGUCAGAUACUCCUGUGCUAUCAAAGGCUACGAGGAUCUCAGAGCCCCUCAAGUCUCAGUGGAUUCUGUCACGUCGACCUGCUUCAGUGUGACAUAUGCUAAAGGGAGAAUGUGUUCUUAUAAGACGACAUCAGAGGAAGAGCCCUGCUCCAUCACAUAUCCCAGAGAAGUACAUGUUCAAAGGAGUCCUGCAGCUGAACCGGGCCAUGUCACACUGACCUGUAACACAAGCUGUCCUCUGACUGCCUUUAUAUGGUAUAAGAGCAGACAUGUAGUUGAGAAACCAAAGUUUGUAGUUCCCAGCACCGCUGCUGAAAGCUUCUCCUGUGCUGUAAAAGGCCUCGAGGAUCUGCGCUCUGCUGAAGUCUGUGUUAAGGAUGACAACUGCUUGAUUGUGAAUUACGUCAGCAGGAGAAUCUGUGCUCUACGAGGUUCUUCAGUGAACAUUUCAAGUGAAUACUCUUCUCCCAACGACCAACCGAAGUCUAAAGAAUGGUAUAAAAUAAAGAGGACUGGGAAGGAAGAAGUGAAAGAGCCAAUUAAGUCUGUACCUCGUAUGAAGUAUCACGACAACUUUAGGAAUCACCACAUCCUGAGAAUCAAUAACCUGACGAAGAAUGACUCAGCAGAAUACAUAUUCAGACAUCACAGAGAUGACCAAGGAUGGAGACCUGGAGUGAGUUUGGUUGUCACAGGUCUGAGAGUGAAGUUUACUCCCUCUGCAGUGGUGACAGAGGGCCAGAGAGUCACCCUGAGCUGCAGUACCAGCUGUCCUCUGACUGACAACACAAACUACAUUUGGUACUUCAACAGUCGACCUUUGACCCCGACAGAGAAGCAAAACAAACACCUGGUUCUGGACCCAGUCAGCAGUCAGCAUGCAGGAAAAUACUCCUGUGCCGUCAAAAACCCCCACAACAUCAGCUCUAAUGAAAAGACCCUUACUGUCCAGAGUAAAAUUGGAAAAUGGACGCAAGCAGCAGCAGCAGCAGUAGUAGUCUGUGCUGCUCUCCUGGUUAUUAUACCCCUCGCUGCCUUCUGGUGGAUUAGAAGAAAGAGGACUUCCAGUCAACCACCUAGAACUGAAACCUCAGACAACUUGGAGCAGCUAAACCUUGGUCCCCUGCAUCAUGACAUCUCGGCUCAACCAACAGAGGAGGAUGAUCUUAACUAUAGCAGAGUCCACUUCCCUCAGAACCACACAGACGCUCUCUACAGCACAGUCCAGCCACGUCCGCCUCAAGAACAAGAGCACGUCCCCUAUGCUGUUGUCAACUUCAGACCCAACAUGACCAUUGAUGAGCUAAUGGACAGUGAAGAACAGGCAGUGGAUCUCUAGAACGUAUACAUCACAGCAAGUAAAAACUUAAAGAGACCUCUGUGACAGAACUUGGAUUGUUCUGUUUAUCUGCAUUUAAUUCUGCAUUUAGGGACUUCAGUUGAUGAGCUUAUCUACACCAGCUUACUGUGAAUCGGCAGGCAGACGUCCAGCAUCCUAAUGAUACCUCAGGAAACACGCUGAUGGUCACCCACUGCCUGUUUUAGGAAGGGAAACCAGGACCUUUGAGUUACGCUGAUUCUCUCAUGGUCCAGUCUGUUGAACCAUAUAGCCUUGACUUGUUAAGCAGGCAUUCACUGUGUCAAAAUGCAAGGUGAGGACACCAAUACUUUCCGAUAUGCAGAAACAACCCUUAAACAAAUGCUAUUUGUAUUUCUGUUAAAAUAAAGAAAGUCAGAAUUCAUCAAAGUUAGGUAGCUAAGUUACAAAAAAGUCCUACAGGACUAUUCUCUCCCACAACUGAAUGAACUGAGUCAGUGCAAUCCUACAUGGGACGAACCAUUUAAACUAGCUAAGGUGAUAAUUUUUAAAUUAGCACACCUUUCUGAGAGAACCACAACUUGUUCUCAAACAUGUUUUGUGCAGUUGUAGGUGUUAUACUUAAUGUUAAUUACAAAUGGGAAACGUGCACUGCACGGACAUUAUUGUGUCCAACGGCCUACUUUUAUUUCUGAUCAAUUUGCUAGGGAAUCAACUAUAAACACAUGGAAUUAACGGGUUUGACAAGCUAAAUCCGCUUUGUUGCAUGUAGCGUUAGGUUUGUGAAGUCUUGCUAGCAACCACAAAACGUUAAGGUUACGCUAACCUAACACUAGCUAACAUGCUGCUUUCUCUAAAAAAUGAGAAAAGAGAUUCAGAAACACGUUAUUUUCAACAGUGGACACUUACUUGGGUAACAUAGCUACAUAUAGUAAAGCUAAUGUAUGACUUUUUAAUAAAUACUCACCCAACA